UUUUCUGGUGUUGCUCUCUGUGAACCAGCAGUCAUUCAUUUGGUUUUAGUAAUCAACUUGUAAAAGGCAGCUGUCAUAAUCUGCACAUACCAGUGCAGCUUUGUGGUUUGCUUUGUGGAACAGUUGAAAGUUUUUGAAAAUAAGAAGAAACUUGCUGUAAGAAGCCCUGUUGUGUCAAAGAGGAUGACAGAUUCCCAUUUCAAAGAUGCUUUCUGGAGUUCUGAUUUCACCAGCCAUGCUGGAUAUGAAGUUGUGCUGCAGAGACUGCAUGAAGGCCGGAGGAUGUGCAAAGAUAUGGAAGAGCUGCUGAAAAUGAGGGCGCUAGCUGAAGAGAAAUACGGCAAGGAGCUAGUGACGAUAGCGCGCAAAGCGGGCGGACAGACUGAGAUCAAUACUCUGAGGACAUCCUUUGACACUCUUAAAACACAAAUAGAGAAGGUUGGGUAUUUACACAUCCAGCUGGCUGUUAUGUUAAAGGAAGAAAUAAAGAGAAUGGAGCAAUUCAGGGAGAGGCAGAGAGAACAGAGGAAAAAGUUUGAAAGAGUGAUGGAAAAAAUUCAGAAGGCCAAAGUCUCUUUACACAAGAAAACAUUAGAGUCCAAGAAGAGCUAUGAACAGAAGUGUAAAGAGGCUGAUGAAGCUGAGCAGGCCCAUCAGCGGAUAAACAGCAUAAUGACAGUCACCCCAAAGCAAGUGGAGAAGGUGCAAAACAGGGCAAAGCAGUGCAGGGAGGCAGCGAAUGAGGCAGAGAAGCAAUAUAAAUCAAAUAUAGAACAGCUGGACAAUAUUCGACGAGACUGGGAACAGACCCAUAUGAGCACUUGCGAGGUGUUUGAGCAGCAGGAAAUUGACCGGAUUAACAUCCUGAGGAACUCAAUGUGGGUUCACUGUAACCACUUCUCACUGCAGUGUGUGACGGACGACGAGAUAUAUGAGGAGGUGAGGAAAACUCUGGAACAGUGUGAUGUAACUGCUGAUAUCAACAGCUUUAUCCAGACAAAAGCCACUGGGACCAGUCCGCCAGCUCCAAUACUUUACAUCAGCUACAACGAGCGAGAGGGCGUUGCUGACAGCAAUGGAAGUUUGCACCUGGGAGGGGGAAGAGUGAUGAAAAGGUUUUCAGGUCUGCUACAGGGACACUGCACUGGUUCAAGGCAAAAUAUCAAUGAAGCAGAUUACCCUACAGCACCCCCUACAGAUGAAAAAGUAGAUGGAGUUUACGCUGCUAUACCUGCCUUUCGCGGAGCGCAAGCAAACACUGAUUCUCUAACAAUGGGCUACAAGGUGUUGUAUGACUACACUGCACAGAAUGAAGAUGAGCUGUCCAUAGCGGUGGGAGACAUUGUGGAAGUGAUCGAGCAAAGGGAGGACGGGUGGUGGUCAGCGACCAGGAAUGGAAACCAAGGGUUCGUCCCUGGAUCCUAUCUGGAGAAGAUUUGUGGAAGCCAUGUGGCAUGAGAAGCUUGCGUCUGCCUAAAGCCAUAUGUAUAUAAAUAAUGCACUUGAGUUAUUUUGAACAUUGGUGCACUGGCUGGCCAAAUAAAUGAGUAUACAUAUGCAAUCAAACUGUGAUGCGCCAUGUGAUCAACUGUAUUGAAUGUACACUAAUAUAAGCUGUGUUAGAGUUGUGUGCAACUAUUCAUCAACAAUCAUUGAAUCACCGGAGCAAACAGUAGUAAUGACAGAGCAAUCCCCAAGAUGUGUGCAAUUUAUUGUGACAUGCAACAGAAGUGAUAGUGUACCAAAACACUAUAACCUUCAACACUGAACAAGACAAGCCUGUUUCAAACAAAGCACCGGGAACUACCCACAGUGAAGGCCAGUCUCUAAUAUUUUGUCCAGCCAGUGUAUGUAUUAUUCAUUUUGAAAUUAGCCUAGACCUUGCUACAAUACCAUUCAUGUGAUCAUGCAGACUGAAAUCAGUACAUUGUUGAUUGUACAGUACUUUUUUGUUGUUGCUUUUCUUCAGACACCUGGCAGUACCAGUACAAAAAAGUCAGUAUUGCAGCUUCUUAAAAGUGAUCCCUCAGCAGUAUACCCCAAGCUGAGCCUGCCUUCUGUUCCUACAAAGUCAUGUGACCACAUGGGUAAUUGGCUGAACACUAGUUCUCUCAUAGACUGCUGUGCCAAAGACCACUUGCAAAUGUGCACUUACAGUUAUCCACAUUCAAAUCCAGCCCUUCUUAAAGGUGUAGUCUCAUAAAAUUCAUUUCUCUUCUGGAGCCUUUUUUUCCAGUGCAUUGUGCUUCUCCUGCGUAAUGCAUUUUCUUACUUUUGAAAUGUUAAAUGCUGUGGAGCAGCUCUCUAUCCUCGAUACUGUGCCACGCCUCUUUGAGACUCCCUAAAGAGGAUUUUAAAACCUUCGUUACAAACCCUUUGAGCAAUACAAUUAGAA